CUCGCUGUUCUCGCGAUAAAUUCCAUACCUUUACCGUGAACCACGCAUAAGAAAAGCCGAAGUCUGCCGAUUUUGAGAACAACUUCACACAGGAAAUAUGAGUGUAAGACUCACAGAGGGGGCGGUUGAAGCCCUGUUCAAAGGUGUAGAGGUGAACAACCCCAUGCUGCAGCUGCUGAGCAUCCGUCAGAUCGGUGCGCCCUCAGCCUCACCCAGGUUCCGGCUUAUGAUGAGUGAUGGUCAGCACUCUUUGUCAUCUGUCAUUCUGGCCACGCAGUUGAACUAUCUGAUAGAGCAGAACCUCCUGGUACCAAACUGUGUGUGUUUGCUGAAGAAGAUCAUCAUCAACACAUUGGCAGAUGGCAGACAUGUGGUGAUUGUGAUGGACUUGGAGAUAUUGCAGUCGGCUGAGGAGACUGGAGGAAAGAUUGGAAAUCCCACUCCAUGCAGUGCAGAUGGUAAGAAUUCAUCUCCAAAGAAGGUGUCUUCAAGUACCUCUGUUUCAGCUUCCCCUCCAUCUGCAGCAGUACCUGGAACCUCCUAUAGCAGCAGCAACACAGCUUUUUCUGCUUCGGGAGGUCGAGGAAGAGGAUUUACAGGAAAAGCACCCGUGAACGCUUCGCCCAUGAAAGCUUCGCCCAUGAAAGCUUCGCCCAUGAAAGCUUCGCCCAUGAAAGCUUCGCCCAUGAAAGCUUCGCCCAUGAAAGCUUCGCCCAUGAAAGCUUCGCCCAUGAAGACUUCGCCCAUGAAAGCUUCGCCCAUGAAAGCUUCACCCAUGAAAGCUUCACCCAUGAAGGCCAACAGCGCCUCUCCAGCAAAAGCAAUGUCCAUUGCUAACCUCAACCCUUACCAAAGCAAGUGGACUAUCAGAGCCAGAGUCACCAACAAGUCCAACAUCCGCACAUGGAGCAAUUCUAGAGGAGAGGGCAAGCUCUUCUCCUUUGAGAUAGUGGAUGAAAGUGGAGAAAUCAAGAUCACUGCCUUUAACAACGAAGUGGACAAGUUUUUCUCUCUAGUGGAGCAAGGCAAGGUGUACUACAUCUCCAAGGCGACACUUAAGGCGGCUAACAAACAGUACACGACGCUGAAGCACGAGUACGAGAUGACCCUCCACGCUAAUUCAUCCAUUGUGCCGUGUGAUGACAUUCAGGGUGUCCCCACACUCAACUGUGACUUUGUGCCCAUCGCCGAGCUGGAAAACAGAGACAAAGAUGCUAUCAUUGAUUUGAUUGGAGUGUGUAAGAGUGCUGAGGAUGUAUCCCGUAUCACCACUAAGUCCAGCAGAGAAGUCUCCAAGAGGGAACUCAGCCUAAUAGACACAACCGGCAAAGUGGUGACAGUCACACUGUGGGGAGACGAGGCGGAAAAGUUUGACAGCUCUGGGCAGCCUGUGGUUGCCAUCAAAGGAGCUCGCUUGUCUGAUUUUGGGGGCAGAUCUCUCUCUGCUUUGUUCAGCUCAACAGUCAUGGUCAACCCAGACAUACCAGAGGCCUUUAGACUGAGGGCGUGGUAUGACAAGGAAGGCUAUGCACUCGACAGCCAGUCACUGACAGAGACGAGGUCAUCAGUUAGUGGCUCAAGGAUGAACUGGAAAAUGCUGAGUGAUGUUAAGAGUGAAAGCAUGGGACAUGGAGAGAAGGCGGACUAUUUCAGCUGCAUAGCAACAGUGGUGUACAUACGCAAGGAGAAUUGUCUGUACCAGGCCUGUCCAUCUGCCGACUGCAACAAGAAAGUCAUUGACCAACAGAAUGGACUGUACCGCUGCGAGAAGUGUAACCGAGACUUCCCCAACUUCAAAUACAGACUCUUACUUUCUGCCAACUUAGCAGACUUCGGGGAUAACCAGUGGGUGACAUGCUUCCAGGAGACGGCUGAGGUCCUGUUAGGCCACAGUGCAGAAGCACUGGGACAGCUUAGAGACACAGACGAAGAUGCAUUUGAUGAAGUCUUCCAGAAAGCCACCUUCAGAACUCACAUCUUUAAAAACCGAGCCAAGCUGGAGACGUACAACGAUGAGUGUCGAGUGAAGGUAACUGUAUUGGAAGUCCUACCGGUCAACCACAGGGAAUACAGCAGGAGACUGCUCAGUAACAUCCACAAAUUGGCGAGCUGAACUGCAUCCCAGUCAUCCAAAUGGCUGCCUGGUAAUUAAACAUGUCUUCGAUUGGUCUCUGACUGGUCUGUGACUUGUGUGUUUGACUUUUACCACCUGUGAGAUAACGGCGUAUCUGACUGAAGCAGCAGAGGGGCGACCAGUGAUUCAUCUGACUUAAUGGCAGCCAAACAAAAGACUGAUAUUUAGUUGUUCACGUCCUUCACCAGGCCCGCUGUGAAAUUAUGGAAACAUUAUGGAAAUGACUUUUACCUUUUAAUUUAAUGCCAUUUUGACAUUUUAGAGUGGGUUGACUGUUCGUUAACAGAACUGUGUUUUAGACCUGCGUACAUUUUCAAGUCUCACGUGUUGCAUACAUACUAAAGUCACACUGUUUCUGUUUCUUCUUAAAAGUGACUCAUGUCUUUGAUUUUAAUGUGUGUUGGUGAUGCUCAGUGUUAGUUGAAUAAGAUGUAGAUGAGUCAUGUUUAUUUAAUUUUUGGUUUGUUUUUAAAAGGCAUGCAUGUUUAGAGUGUAUUCACAAUGUCUUCUCCUUGUUCAAAGUAUAUUUUAAAAAGAAAACACAUUCGGUUUUGCUUUCUAGGCUUCCAAAAUAAUGUCCAGCAAGAGAAGUGAUUAAAAGGACAUUUGAUAAAAGCAG